CAGGCUCGCCAGACGUCACUGGUUCUGGGCGGCGCUAUACUCCACGCCGUGGCUCCGUGCUGGAAGCAGACUGCUAUAGGCCUGCUAACGCGCUGUUGGAGGUAACGCCGGCGGCGCGCUGCUACCGGGAUCAUGUUUGUGGCUCGUAGUAUCGCGGCGGAUCACAAAGAUCUAAUUCACGAUGUGUCGUACGACUUUCACGGCCGGAGAAUGGCGACUUGCUCCAGUGACCAGAGUGUGAAGGUUUGGGACAAAAGCGAGAGUGGAGACUGGCACUGCACAGCCAGCUGGAAGACGCACAGCGGCUCCGUGUGGAGAGUGACCUGGGCUCAUCCAGAGUUCGGGCAGGUUCUGGCCUCCUGCUCCUUUGACAGAACCGCUGCGGUGUGGGAGGAGAUUGUAGGAGAGUCCAACGACAAGCAGAGAGGCUUGAGCCACUGGAUUAAGAGGACAACACUUGUGGACAGCAGGACAUCAGUGACCGAUGUGAAGUUUGCUCCUAAACACAUGGGUCUGAUGCUGACCACCUGCUCCGCCGACGGUGUGGUGAGGAUCUACGAAGCUCCUGAUGUGAUGAACCUGAGUCAGUGGUCGCUGCAACACGAGAUCUCAUGCAAGCUCAGCUGCAGCUGCAUUUCUUGGAACCCCUCCAGCUCGCGGGCUCACCCUUCCAUGUUUGCCGUGGGCAGUGAUGACAGCAACGUGGCGUACGGGGGGAAGGUUCAGAUCUACGAGUAUAACGAAAACACACGGAAAUACGGCAAAGUGGAGACGCUGAUGACCGUCACCGACGCAGUCCACGACAUCGCAUUCGCUCCAAACCUGGGAAGAUCUUUCCAUGUUCUCGCUAUUGCAACAAAAGAUGUCAGAAUAUUCAAGCUCGCUCCCAUGAGGAAGGAGAGCUCCAGUACAGGACCAAGCAAGUUUGAGGUGCAGAUUGUGGCGCAGUUCGACCAUCACAAUUCCCAGGUGUGGCGUGUCAGCUGGAACAUCACAAGCACCCUGCUGGCUUCAUCCGGGGACGACGGCUGUGUGCGACUAUGGAAAGCAAACUACAUGGACAACUGGAAGUGCACCGGCAUCCUGAGGGGAGAUGGCAGCCCGCUGAGCGCUUCUUCAGGUCAGCCCAUCAGCACCAUGGUGGGCUCCUCUCUCCUCUCCCAGAAUGCCUUGAAUGGAAUGUCAGCAGGAAGGUAUUUCUUUCCACCUUUGGAUGCUCCCAGAGCGGGCAGCAGGUUCGGUCACCUGCUGCCCCCCUCCUCCCUCAUAGAGCACUGCGAUGCUGAGCCGGUUUCUCAGCCUCAGCAGCAGAGUCUUCCUCACAGACACUCCUCCAGAGCUCUGCUGUCUUUAGCAGAGGCAGAAGAGCAGUGAUUGUUCUCAGAGUAGGAAGAAUGACUGUCAUGAGCUUUGAAUAAAGAACAAACUUGUUUACAAA